AUGGUAGAUAUCAACAUAAAUAAUAUUUUUUUUAAAUCCUAUUCUAUCGAUCCAAAUUCAGGUCAUUCCAUAUAUGUUUUUGAUUCAACAUAUCUUCCGGAACCGCAAAUAAUUGGAAAUGAUAAACAAGUAUAUGAUCUACUGAUAGAUAAACUAAUGGAUACCCUUAUAGAAAAGCUACCUUCUGCUCCAUACUCUUUGGUUGUAUUUUCAUCAGGAUUUUCACAAAAAAAGAUUAGUUGGGUCUAUGGCAUAAAAAUGUUUGCCAAAAUUCCCAAAGAAUUAAAAUAUUAUUUACAAAAGACAUAUAUUGUACAUGAAUCGUUUUUCAUUAGAACGGUAUAUCAAGUAUUAUCCAAUGCUAUGUGCAUAAAGUUUUUGACAAAUAUGAAAAAGUAUAACAAUGAAUUAACAACACCAUUGGAAGAGGAUACAGCAGAAGGAUCAUCUUUCUCAAUUAUACAUGUUCCAGAUUUAACUAGUUUAUCCAGACUAAUUGACAUUACCCGUUUAAGGAUAUCUCUUAAUGUUUAUUUACAUGAUUAUAAUUUAUCUGAAUAUAUUGAUGUGCCUGACUUAUAUUUUACUAGACUGUCUGAUAUAAGCAAAAGAAAAUAUAGGCAACUUAUUUUUGAUAAAAUUUAUAAAAAACUAAGUAUACAAGCACCUCAAACAGAAUUAGUUUUCCAAAAGCCUGGCUCUUACAAGAAAGUUAAUAUUUUCUUAGAUAUUAUUGAACGAAACAAUUAUAUUGAUAUAUCACAAUGGGACAUUUAUUCCCUAGCAUCUGUAUUUCUAAAUUUCUUAAAAAACAAAGCCAAUCCAUUGGUUCCAAUAGAUUUAAUUACCUUACCAAUUCUUGAUACUGUGCAAUAUACAGCUGAUAUUUUUGAGAAAAUUAUAGCUUUUAAUAAGUAUUAUGAUCUUUAUAUUACAAUUUUUCCUUUAUUUAUUUCAAUAUUAGACUCUUUUGAAAGGUCUCAACACACUUCAAAAUCAUUAAGUAAAGCCAUCGCUCCAAGUUUAUGCAAAGAGAAAAUUUCAAUGACAAACAAGGAUAGAAUUGCAGUAGGUACACGGUUUAUUAAGAAUCUAUUAGAAAAUUUCAACCCUGUUAUUAAAAUAUAUGAACAAUAUCAUAGAGAUAAAAUAAAUAGGAGUAGAUCAAAUGUAAGUAUACAAAAGAAUAAUAACAAGAUCAUGACUCCUCAAUUACCAAAGCCUAGAAAAAACCAUGGUAAUAAAAAUAAUGUCACUGACCUUAAGAUUGACAAUUACACUUCAAGUAGUGAUGUAACAAGUCCACUAAAGUCAUUUUCAUCUUUGAAAUUGAAUGAUUCAAGUUCAGUUGCUAGUUCGCCAGUGUCAACACAUGAAAAAACUUCAUCGAAGCUGAUUUUUGACAAAUCAGUGCCUAAUUUAGAACAUUCAUCCGCACAACAACGAAUAAGUAGUAUCGAAUCUAUAACACGUGUGGUCAGUGGAACUCCAUAUUUUUCAUUGAGAUCCAACUCCAGUGAAAUUACUCCCUCUAAACCCUCGACACUCAAAACCAAACCUUCUAUUUCCUCACUAAGAACAACCAGCAGUUCCCUUAAAAGUGAUGAUUUUACUGCGUCUGAAACAUCUGUUGAUAGCCCAACCAAAGGUAAGGAAAGUGCUGAAAGUAAUUUUGCACAGGAUAUUGUUGCUGAUUUUUCAACUUAUCAGCCACCUGAACUUACAAAAAUACAAAUAUUUGAUAAGGAAUUGAAAAAGCAAAAACAACAAAAGUAUAAAGAAAUCAGCACAAAAGAAAAAUUUUCUGUAGAAUCUUUUACUACUAUUAAAAGCAAUAAAAAUGAAAGUAAAGUUAGCAAAUUGGCUGCCUUAUAUGAAGAAAGACUGUUAGGUUUGCAAGUAAUGAAUGAAAUUAUGAGGAAUAAAUAA